AUGGGCUUUCCGGUGCAAGGUGCUGAUCUUCCAUAUCUACAGGAUUCCAGUAUGCAGAUCGAUAAUCCCCAAGAAACGGUGGAGAAGAUCAAGCAUGGAGAGAUUGAUGAGUCCUUGUACAGCCGUCAACUGUACGUUCUUGGACAUGAAGCCAUGAAGCGCAUGAGCUCUUCGAAUGUCCUGGUCGUCGGUCUGAAGGGUCUGGGCGUGGAGAUCGCGAAGAACAUUGCACUUGCCGGCGUCAAGUCUCUCACCCUAUAUGAUCCUACCCCAGCGGCGAUUUCCGAUCUGUCCUCCCAGUUCUUCCUUCAACCACAAGAUGUUGGCAAACCACGGGCCGACGUAACAGCUCCAAGGGUUGCAGAGCUGAACUCGUAUGUUCCUGUGACGGUUCACGAGGGCGCCAGUCUCGUGGAUGACCUCGAACAGCUGAAACGGUAUCAGGCGGUGGUUCUUACUUCGACUCCUCUGAAGGAGCAGAUUGCGAUUGCGGACUUCUGCCACAAAAACGGGAUUUAUCUCACCAUCACCGACACAUUUGGCCUAUUCGGUUAUAUCUUCAAUGAUUUUGGAAAGAACUUUACUGUGGGCGAUGCUACUGGUGAAGAGCCGGUAAGCGGAAUUGUGGCCGAUAUUGCUGAAGACGGCUUGGUAUCAGCGCUCGAUGAGACUCGACACGGUCUGGAAGAUGGAGACUUUGUGACAUUUACCGAAAUCAAGGGUAUGGAAGGCUUGAAUAACAGUGAUCCUCGGAAGAUCACUGUCAAGGGUCCUUACACAUUCUCCAUUGGAGACGUCUCUGGUCUUGGCACCUAUCAGAGUGGUGGUAUCUUUACGCAAGUCAAGAUGCCCAAAUUUGUCGACUUCGAGUCGUUCAGCGACCAGCUCAAGAAGCCAGAGCUGAUGGUUUCCGACUUUGCCAAGUUUGACCGGCCCCAGCAGCUACACAUCGGUGUUCAGGCGCUUCACAAAUUCGCCGAGACCCAUGACGGCCAAUUCCCUCAGCCCCAUAAUGAUGCUGCUGCUCAGGAAGUGAUCAAGAUUGCGAACGACCUUGCGGCAAGUCAGGAGGAGAAAGUGGAACUGGACGAGAAGAUCAUCAAAGAGCUGAGCUAUCAGGCUCGCGGUGAUUUGAACCCCCUAGCGGCCUUCUUUGGAGGUGUUGCUGCCCAGGAAGUCUUGAAGGCUGUCUCCGGGAAGUUCAAUCCUAUCCAUCAAUGGCUCUAUCUUGACUCCCUUGAGUCGCUGCCGACAUCUGUCACUCGUUCAGAAGAAAAUUGUAAACCGCUUGGCACUCGCUACGAUGGACAGAUUGCCGUCUUUGGCAAGGAGUUCCAGGACAAGAUCGCCAAUCUCACACAGUUCCUGGUCGGUGCUGGAGCUAUCGGUUGUGAAACUCUGAAGAACUGGGCCAUGAUGGGUCUCGGGACUGGUCCCAAGGGCAAGAUCUUCGUCACCGAUAUGGAUCAGAUCGAGAGGAGUAAUCUCAACAGACAAUUUCUGUUCCGUAGCAAGGAUGUUGGUAAGCUCAAGAGUGAGUGUGCUUCUGCUGCAGUUGAAGCCAUGAACCCCGAUUUGAAGGGCAAAAUUGUGACGCUCCGGGACCGAGUUGGGCCCGAUACCGAACAUAUCUUCAACGAAGAAUUCUGGGAAGCUCUUGAUGGCGUCACAAAUGCCCUGGACAACGUCGACGCAAGAACAUACGUUGAUCGUCGCUGCGUCUUCUUCCGCAAACCCUUGCUUGAGAGCGGUACCCUUGGCACGAAGGGCAACACUCAGGUCAUCCUUCCACAUAUCACUGAGUCCUAUUCGAGCUCUCAGGAUCCUCCGGAAAAGUCAUUCCCUAUGUGCACACUGAAGAGCUUCCCCAAUCGGAUUGAGCAUACAAUUGCCUGGGCUCGUGAUCUUUUCCAGACAUACUUUGUUGGGCCUCCCGAGUCUGUCAACAUGUAUUUGUCCCAGCCCAACUACAUCGAACAGACGCUCAAGCAGGCGGGUAAUGAGAAGCAAACUCUGGAACACCUGCGGGAUUUCCUGGUGACAAGCAAGCCUUCUAACUUCGACGAUUGCAUUGUCUGGGCCCGUCAACAGUUCGAGGCCCAGUAUAACAAUGCAAUUCAACAGCUUCUCUACAAUUUCCCCAAGGAUUCUAAGACCUCUACCGGCCAGCCUUUCUGGUCGGGACCCAAGCGUGCCCCAACGCCUCUCAAGUUUGACAGCUCCAACCCUACCCACCUUGGAUUUGUCAUUGCGGGUGCGAACCUCCAUGCUUUCAACUACGGGAUUGAAAACAGCGGUGCGGACAAAGAACACUACAGGAAGGUUGUCGACAACAUGAUCAUUCCCGAGUUUACCCCAAGCUCUAGUGUCAAGAUUCAGGCCGAUGAGAACGAACCUGAUCCGAAUGCUCAACCAUCUGGAUCUUUGGACGACGGUCAAGAGAUCCAGCGACUUGUAGACACUCUGCCCUCGCCUGAGUCUCUCAGUGGAUUCCGCUUACAACCAGUCGAGUUUGAGAAGGAUGACGAUACUAAUCACCAUAUCGACUUCAUUACCGCCGCAAGCAAUCUCCGAGCAGACAACUAUGACAUCCCUCAGGCAGAUCGUCAUAAGACAAAAUUCAUUGCUGGCAAGAUUAUCCCCGCCAUUGCCACAACUACCGCUCUGGUCACUGGACUGGUAGCCUUGGAGUUGUAUAAGAUCAUUGACGGCAAGGAUGACAUUGAGCAAUACAAGAACGGCUUCGUCAACCUUGCACUUCCCUUCUUCGGCUUCAGUGAGCCUAUUGCCAGUCCAAAGGGAAAAUACAUGGGGAAGAAAGGCGAAGUUACCAUUGAUCGGCUUUGGGACCGAUUCGAAGUCGACGAUAUCCCUCUACAAGAUUUCCUCAACUACUUCGCCGAUUUGGGCUUGGAAAUCAGCAUGGUGAGCUCCGGGGUUAGCUUGCUGUAUGCCAGCUUCUACGGUCCAUCUAAGGUCAAGGACCGUCUCCCUAUGAAGAUGAGCAAGCUCGUCGAGCACAUCAGCAAGAAGCCUGUUCCAGAGCACCAGAAGAACAUCAUCUUUGAGGUGACCGCUGAGGAUCAAGAUGAGGAGGAUGUCGAAAUUCCCUAUGUCAUGGUGAAGCUUCAGAAGUAG